UUUUUAUUCUUAAGUUACGUCAUUUAUAUAGUGAAUUAAAAAGUAACAUACAAAAAUACGUAUGCGUCAAAAACAAUACAAAAUAUAUAUAAAGAAACCUAAUCUAGCUGUCGGUAGUCAGAGCCGCAGUUAGAGGAACCGGUGGACUAUCCGAAAUCUGUAUUCUGUUGCCACCUAGCAAGAGUUUCAUAAGAUAUUCGAGUCUCUUCGCUAUAAAUAAAUGUUAAUAAAAUUAGAUUUAAUAUUGAGGUUCUCGGUUGAUUAAUAUUUCCAAGUAUCAAAUUGUUCCAGUAAACGGCCAUGUACUCUGCGUUGUAAUUUAAUUAAACGGAUCCGUGUCCAGCGGUUUGUUUAUUGCCCCUUCUUUGCCAGUUAUUGUCUAUAAAAGGAGGUUUUUAAUUGAGGUAUCUGGUGGCAAAGUAAAUCAAUUAGUACGCGAUGGUGGUCGUCGCAAAUUGAUUUACUAUGCCCGGCUUCUAUCUCCUAUGUAUUUUGUUUCUACUUGUAACCUACUUUGUGGCCUGGAGCUCGACGAGUUUGUAUCGUAACUGUGUUCAUACCUAUUUUGGCAUAUAAAAUAGGUAUCUGGAUGACUAUCACUCUUGUGGAGUUAUACCGAAUAUUAUACGGUUAGUAUAGGUCCUAAUGUAUGAAGUUACAUGCUUUAUUAAAAAAAAUCUUUUAUUUUUCCUUACAAAGUUAUUAUUUAAGUUGAGGUAAGAUGAUAUAUAUUGUCAAUGCAACUUAUGUGGGAGACCGUACCCGAUGCAACUUACGCAGCCUACCGUACGCAUAUCGCAUCAUCGGCAGCCAAUCAGCGGCGAUAUCACGUCAUCUACAGCCCAUGUGAUUGGCCCAGGAUGUUGCCACGGAGGAACCGAACCCCACUCCACGGAUUCGCUAUUCGCCUCAUUAAUAGACGCACGCAUACGUGCCCUUUUUUUAAUACGUAAUUACUUUAUUCUGUUUUUUUGUACCAAAUGGUCAUUAAAAGUAUUUAAAACUAAAGGCGUCGUUACAUUAUUGCUGCUGAACCCGCUCCAAGAGGCUACGAGGUGAACCUUAGCCAGAUCCACGCGCGACAUAUAUAUUCAUUAAAACUUAUACUUGUUUGAUUAUUACAACGGCAACUAAAUAGGCAAUCUAUUUUAAUAAUAUAUACUUAAGAUGCCGUGGGUUCAGCCGGCAGUUAUUGUAAAAUCGUUGUAGUUUUUUAGAUUAUAAUACGGUUGCCAAUAAAUAUCAAUGGCAAUCUUGAGGUCUUACACAAGUAACUUGAAACCUAAUUAAACCACAUUUGCUCAGCCAUUUGCUCGAUAGAAAAAUAAUCACAAACAUAGGUCUAAAAUGCACCAUUAUUAUUAUUUUUAAUUAUUUUUGCACAAAAGCUAAAAUUAUGAAAAUUGCUUCUAAAAAUCAUGCUACAAUGGGCAAUUUCACUUUUGAUCAAAUCGAACUCAUCGAUUACUUUUUCCCCAUCGAUUAGCUCCUUGCACUGCCUGUUGACUUCUGAUAUGAGAUCUUCAUUUCCCGACCCAAAGGUUGACAAUAAGUGUAUUGAAAUUACAGGUCUUAAAACUGUUUUGUGAUAAGUAUAAUGAUAUUUUUUUGGCAUCUUAGGGAAGCACAUGGCGAUUUUUUGCAGCGAUUCAGUAGCGAUGCAGUCAUAUACCCUCGCGCGCGUAAACACGAUUCUGCAUCGCUACUAUCGCUAUAUAACAUAGCUAAAGUCGUGAUUCAGUAUCGAUACAGUCGCGAUGUAGAAUAGCUCUCUACUUUUCCUAUACAUGGUGGAGGCACUCAACAGGAUGCAAGGGGGAUCCCUUAUGUGAAUCUACCGCGCUUUAGUAACUCCCGUAACCUCCUCUUGGGCUCCCCUACUAAAAGAGUAAGUAUAAAGGUUUUAUGCAUGAGUAAGCUACUAUUUGAUGCUAUUUAAGUUUACGUUUCUGUUUAUAUGUACGUGCUUGUAGUGAAUCUUCGUACCCAGAAUUAUCUUUAUUUACAAACUUUUCGAAUACCGCGACUGACAUGUUGAACAAUCACGGAACAAUUUCGUUUUCGGUCUCUCAGGUACUCGAACUCCAUCUUCAAUUUUCUUUGUAUGCCAUCGGAAAAUGCCUCAGAGGCGCGAUUUCACGGCACACGAGCUAAUAUUAUGCAAACUGAGUUUGAAAAAAGAUUCCCCUGUAAUUUUCUACAUGAUGCGCAGUUAACACGGUAUUGGCGUAGUACAGUCGGUAUCAAAGUAGAGCAUGAAACAACGCCCCAAAAGUAUCUGCCCCCGUGGAAUUCUUUACCAAAUAGGUAGAGAUCAAUUUUGACAGUUCACCUUCAUAAGAUUGCUACAGUCGAAUUGAUCUACAUAUACAGGGUUAUUUUAGAACCGUUAGCCAUAUUUGAAUAUGUCAUUAGAGAUCAGCAGUAAAACACAUUUUUGGAAAAAAGUGGUACUUUAAAAAAAAUUGACAUUUUUAUCCAUCAAAAAUAAAAAAAAUAUGGUUACUGUACUCGUUUGUUUCGAUUUAUGCAAUACUAUAGCAAGCAUAAUACAUUAGGAAGGGAUGCUAGAAUGUUAUAGCCAAUCAAAUGUAGUGUUUCAUCCACUUGCUUAUCAAGCGCCUCUGUGACCAACGCUAAGGAAAACCAGUACGAGCGCCCUCCUUAAUCAUGCAAUGGGUAGUACCUCAAGGUUUAAGUUACAGUGGCUAAGCAAAGUACUACGUACCUGCACUCCACGUAAUUAGGGCUUGCAAUAUCCGCCCAUUUUUCGUAUCCGGAUAUUUCUAAUAUUAAUAAUAUUACUAUCCGGAUAUCCGAAUAAAACGAAUAAUUGGAACACUUAGUGUUUAUUUAAUCAAAGUCGCAUGAACUUUAUAAAAAGCGGAAUGAUAUAAAUGUAAAAAGUAUUAAUUAUACUUUAUUAUUUUUCCUAUUUGACCGCCGCCUACUCUAUGGAUGCGUGGCUGUCGAUAAUGUCACAUAUGUCAUAAAAAAUGUGAAAUGUACGAAAGAAAACGUUUAUUUAAAAUAAUUUAUCAAAUAGUAAUAUCAGUGAUUAAGUUUACAUGCUGAUAGACGAAUAGACAUUUAAUGUCGUUUAUUUUCGUUUCAGAUAAAGCAACGCAUUAUUUUUAUUUGUCUAUCUUAUUAGUGGUAAAGAAAUAUCUUAUAAAACGACAUUAUUGUUAUUAAGUCGAUCGGAAAUGGAGAAACUUCGCUUCGAAUUUACGAUAUUGCCGGGAAGUGAUGGAAAGACAAAUAUUUACUGUGUUACUUCUAUAACUACGAGUGAUAAUAAAAUCUAUGCUAUUCCGGAAGAGCUACAAUCAGUCGGUUAUCAUAAAGAAAUACUGAAAACAGCUGCUUAUAGUAAAGUAAAAAACAGUUUAACUAAGAGAUAUCAGAUAAGAAGAGUCUGGAUAACAAUGACCGAAGAACUUAAGAAAAAUUAUAUAGACGAGGAUGGUAACAUACAAUUCGGAGAUCAAUACCUAGAAGAAUUAAAUGAAAAACAACCCUCCACCGAACCUCAAAAAGAUACGGAUGCCUUAGGUAAAUUAUUGGAAAAAUUAAUAGAGAAUACACAAGAAAACCGACAACAGAGUUUGAAAAAUAUUGCGGAGAAGUUUGUUAUUGAGAAAUUUUCAACCAAGAAUUCAAACGCUGUUCAGUGGAUAGACAUUUUCGAAAGAGAAUGUGAGCGUUUUCAAAUUGCAGACGAGAAGAAGGUUGAAAUAUUGAGGCUAUUCAUGGAUAAGAGUUGUGCAGAUUGGUUUAGUUCAAUGAUCAUAAAAUUAACAAUGGACGCGGAUUGGUCCAAAUGGAAAAAGAAAUUCUGUGACUCUUUUGCAAAUAAAGGAUGGAACCCAGUUACGAAUGCAAUGUUUUUUAAAUAUAAAGACGGUUCAUUGCUGGACUACGCUAUUAAAAAAGAGAAAUUAUUAUUGGAUAUGAGAAGAUCGAUAGAUGCCGGCACAUUGGUGGAUUUAAUUGCAUCUGGUUUGCCGGAAUACAUAAUAAACAAGAUUGACAGGGAAAUAUUAAAUGAUACUGUUGAUUUAUUUAAUGAGGUCAGCAAGCUGGAACACAUGGUAAAUAGAAAAAGUUACGUGUUUAAGAGAAGAGUGGGAAGCUCCAAAACUAGCAAUAAAAAUGAAGAUCUAAACGCAUGUAAAAUCUGCGAAAAAUUAAAUAAAGGACCCCGUUACCACCCAGAAAACUUAUGCUGGUUUAGAACAAAAGACGAAGAUAAGAAUGUAAGGAAUGUUGUGAGACAUGUCAACAACUCAGUUAUUGAAGCUGAAUUAAAUGAAACGCACCAAAAAAACGAAUAAUAACACCAUUAAUAUAUGUCAAACUGAAAGUAAAUGAUAAAUUUGAAUUGAAGGCCCUUUAUGAUU